AUGGCCAGCUAUGACUGUCCAGCUAGCAACACGGCCAGUCAGGACUGUCCAGCUAGAGACAUGGCCAGCUAUGACUGUCCAGCUAGCAACACGGCCAGUCAGGACUGUCCAGCUAGCAACACGGCGGGUCAGGACUGUCCAGCUAGCAACACGGCCAGUCAGGACUGUCCAGCUAGCAACACGGCGGGUCAGGACUGUCCAGCUAGCAACACGGCCAGUCAGGACUGUCCAGCUAGCAACACGGCCAGUCAGGACUGUCCAGCUAGCAACACGGCCAGUCAGGACUGUCCAGCUAGCAACACGGCCAGCUAUGACUGUCCAGCUAGCAACACAGCCAGUCAGGACUGUCCAGCUUGCAACACGGCCAGCCAUGACUGUCCAGCUAGGACUGUCCAGCCAGGACUGUCCAGCUAG